GGCCACCAUGUCCGCCCAGGCGCAGAUGCGGGCCCUGCUGGACCAACUCAUGGGCACUGCUCGGGACGGUGAGUCUGUGCGGCCGUCCAGGCGCUGGGCGGGGGCGGGAGCAAGGCGAGGCCGCCUGGCAGCCUGAGGCGAGGGCCGUGACCGUGUGCGCCUGCGCGGGGCGCCAUUCCUUUUUCCCCGCUCGCCGACCCCAGGCGCUGGGCCUUUGUCUGAUCCGCUUGGCUUGAGAGCCUGCUGCGGCUCGUGUCCUUCUCGUCGGGCGGUCUCCUCCCUGAGAGCCGAUCCGACUGUGGGGCUUUAUCCCCCUCCCAUUUUCCGUCAUGCGACUUCCUCUUGGUCGGCACCGCGGCUCGGCGCCGCCCGGCAUAUUGGAGCUUCGGCGAAGGGCUGGAACCAGCGCGGGCUCCUGGGCGCUGGCUGCCGAGUGGCAGAGUUCCUCUGAUACUCCUCGGAGGAGAGGCGACCCCCGAGGAGCUGGACGGGUUUCGAAAACUCUUGCUCCGUACGGUUACAAGGGGAGCCGUAAAUGAGCAUUUCUAACGUUCAGUGUAUCUUUGCCUGCCUACAUCAAUCUGCAAGGGAGUUGCAGAAAAGCCUCAUGUUCAUCGAGCCGUGAGUCACAACCAAUUUCUAAGCUGUUAUAACAAAAAAGUGUUUGCUUUUUUUCCACAAGUAUCUUUAAAAGUGUAGUUUAGAAAGAAAACAUUUUCAGUAAAAAGACACUACAUUAAUCCUGGAUGCUUGCAAAUCCUGAAAUAUAUUCCUCCUUGACUAUUACACAGCACUGUGUCCUAUACACAGAUUAGCCUUAAAAUUUGUCACAUACCACUUUGCCUUUACUUUUAUGUAUCAUUCCCCCUGACUUCCUUACUGCAGGUGUGGGCAAGAAAACUUUUCCUUUAAAACUUUUCAACAGCGGGCAUAAAAUUCUGCAGCUGAGUUCUUGAAGAAUGCAGAUGGGUACAGUAUGUGUUGGAGUUCACAGUGUGUAUUGACUAACCUGAUUCUUUUUUGCUUUCUUUGGUAUUGUCUUGUUAAAAGUGACUCCCAGGUGCCAACUUUCAUUUUUAAGGGUGGGGAUGAAAGGGGAAUAAGAAGAACAGGUCUAGAGAUAUUUAACAGUGAUAGAGCCUGAAAGCUUUCUUCUUAUUGCAGUUUUUUUGAUAAACCACUGCCUAUAAUUUGACAACAACAAAAAGAUUAAUAAAUUGCUUUGCUUGGUGGAAAUUACCAGCUCUAAGUCAUACGUGGUAGAUUCAUGGCACUCUGAUUUAUAUAGGUCUUAGUGUCUCAUUGCCCACAUGUAUUUUUGGGCUGCUGCCUUUUGGUACUCACUCUUACUUCUAACUCCUUGACUUAAUGAUGGAGUUAGAUGUGAUUAAGUGUGCGUCUUCAUAAAAUUCUUAGCUUAAAACAAAUCUGUAUUCCCUUCCAAUUGUAAAUAUCUUUAGAUCAGUUUCUUAGUGUAUGUGAUGGGGAGAAUACAGAAAUGCUAGUCUGCAAAUCAUCCAGGUAUAUUGUUGUGCCAGGUAGCCUUGUAUAGUUAAUGAGAUAAUACUUUAUUUAAAACCACAAAUGAAUUUCAGGGGAUGAAACCAGACAGAGGGUCAAGUUUACAGAUGACCGUGUCUGCAAGAGUCACCUUCUGGAUUGCUGCCCCCAUGACAUCCUUGCUGGGACGCGCAUGGAUUUAGGAGAAUGUACCAAAAUCCACGACUUGGCCCUCCGAGCAGAUUAUGAGAUUGCAAGUAAAGAAAGAGACCUGUUUUUUGAAUUAGAUGCCAUGGAUCACUUAGAGUCCUUCAUUGCAGAGUGUGAUCGGAGAACUGAACUUGCCAAGAAGCGGUUGGCAGAAACACAGGAGGAGAUCAGUGCAGAAGUUUCUGCAAAGGCAGAAAAAGUACAUGAGUUGAAUGAAGAAAUAGGAAAGCUCCUUGCUAAAGCAGAGCAGCUGGGAGCUGAAGGCAAUGUGGAUGAGUCCCAGAAGAUCCUUAUGGAAGUGGAGAAAGUUCGUGCAAAGAAAAAAGAAGCAGAGGAGGAAUACAGAAAUUCCAUGCCUGCAUCCAGUUUUCAACAACAAAAACUCCGUGUCUGUGAGGUUUGUUCAGCUUACCUUGGUCUCCAUGACAAUGACCGACGUCUUGCAGACCACUUCGGGGGCAAGUUACACUUGGGGUUCAUUCAGAUCCGAGAGAAGCUUGAUCAGCUGAGGAAAACUGUGGCUGAAAAGCAGGAGAAGAGGAAUCAGGAUCGCUUGAGGAGAAGAGAGGAGAGAGAACGAGAGGAGCGGCUAAGCAGGAGGUCUGGAUCAAGAACCCGAGAUCGCAGGAGGUCACGAUCCCGCGAUCGACGACGGAGGCGAUCUAGAUCUACCUCCCGAGAGCGGCGAAAGUUUUCCCGUUCCAGGUCCCGAGAUAGACACCGGCGCCAUCGCAGUCGUUCCCGGAGCCAUAGCCGGGGUCACCGCCGGGCUUCCAGGGACCGGAGUGCAAAAUACAAGUUCUCCAGGGAGCGCUCAUUGAGAGAGGAAUCGUGGGAUUACGGGCGGAGUGAGCGAGGGCCCACUGACUGGAGGUUGGAGAGCUCCAAUGGCAAGACUGCAUCGCGGAGGUCGGAGGAGAAGGAGGCUGGCGAGAUCUGAACCUGGCUCGGGCACUGUAAAUAGUCUUGACAAACAUUCAGCACAGCCUAAAUUACCCUUUAUAUUUGCUGGAUAUAACUCAUCUUUUGUAGUUAAAAUUUCUAUUGUUUGGCCCUAGCUGUGAGUUUCUAGAGUUGUUCAGAGCUGCUCCUGUGUUUGGGGUUAUGUUGUAUAGGAACAAAUAAAUUUGGCGGCUGCCUCCUGA